GCAGGGGGAGAAAGCAGAAAAUUUCCACCCUAUUUGGGCAGAUUUCCUCAUAAACUUUCCAUGGACAUCCCUAUCUAUGACACUCAGUUCUGCCUUUUGUAUAAGAAUAAUUGAAAUAAUAGAAAGAAAAAUAGAAAAAAGAAUAAAGAAAAAGAGGCGGUCCCUACUAUUUUAUCAUGCACAAACUACCAACCAACUAACGUUAUAGAAAUAUAUAUUGCGUUUCAUGAACACAUUUUGCACAAGAACUAGAAAGCAAAACAAAAAGAAAAUUCCUAUAUAUAUUUGAGCUUCAACAAGAAACGUACCGCCGAAUAAUUCCACAAUGGCUCUCUGGUUUCUCGUCCUUCUUCCCAUAUUUACAGUCGUAAACUCUCAACCCACAACCACAAAUCCUACCCCAACUCCAAUCAACCAAACUGAUCUGCAGGUAGCCAUGGAUGACAUGAGAACAUCGGCUUACCACGGGUUCGUAAUCCUCCUUAAGAUCCUAAAUGGCUCCCCCAACUCUCUGCGCGACGGAGAAAUAACUUUCUUGAUGCCGAGUGAUGAGGAACUAUCAAAAGUUGCUCUGAGGCUGGAAAGUCUCCAGGAUUUCAUACUCGGUCAUUCAAUCCCGACUGCACUGCUCAUCAGCCACCUAUUACAUUUUCCCAAUGGAACUCUAGUUCCCACUGGUGUUCCGAACAGGAUGCUUAGGGUUACUAACGGUGGAAGAACCGGUCUGUUUGUGAACAAUGCUAGAGUUGUCUCCCCAAAUGUAUGUCUCAACUCUUUGAUAAGGUGCCAUGGAAUCAGUGCUGCCAUGAUAUUCCGCAAUGGUGAUAAUCCUACAAGGCAACAACAGAACCACCCCGAUAGAGACUUCAUGGACUCUGCAAAGGUCAGGAAGGCAAAAUCUCCGUCUCGUCAAUGGAAAAGGAGCCCUGCACUGCAUUAAAUACCCAUAGCGUGCUUAUCAUGCUCAUGCUCCGAAAAAAUAAAUGCCAAGAAAACUUUGCAUUUGUGCA